AUGCAUAGCCUCUCUAAUUUCUCAAGCUUUACCAGUCAUUCUAAAACAUUAUCACACACCUUUAGCACUUCAAAUAUAUCAUCAAUAUCAUGCCAACGAAAAUACUCAUGCCAAUCUAUUACAGAAGAUGAACAACAAGAAUUAUCUGAUGAACAAGAAAUAAAAUAUAUUAAAUAUCUGCAAGUAUUAUAUGAAAAACAUCAAAAUGAAGAAGCCUAUGAAUUAGAAAUAAAGAAUAAUAUGAAAGAAUUAAACGAUCUGAGAGAAAGGAAUAUUGAGGAUCAAAAAAAAUUGAACGAACAAAUGUAUUACUCCGAAACGAUGAAAGAGUUAAAACGAUGGGAAGAAAUAAUGGAUAAAGAGGCCGAACUUUUAACGCCGAUAUGCGACGCGUUCGAUGUAUGCCUGCCCAUAUACCAAAAGGUUAUAAACGCUUUGGAAAUUCAAUCGAACAAAUUGCCCGUCAAGAAUAUUGUACCCUUUAUGACCGAUAACGAGGAAUCCAGUGCAAACCAAACCCAAAUUCACGAAUUAAUACAGUCUACUGCCGAAAUCAGCGCAGCUAUAGCGGAGUUGCAGACACUUCUCGAUCUCGGUCCUAACAGUGUACCAUUAAAGGUGCUUGCUGUAGAACAGGAAAUCCUCGACAUGACUAAAGAUAUCGCCGAGAAUGAGAAGGAGUUGAAGAGAUUAAAUGGCUUGGAAUCAGGAACACGUAUCAACCUAGGCAGGAGUGAAUGCUUAGGAAAUUGGAUCGGCAGAUCUAAAUUAUUGGCGCAGGUCAAUAAAAAAUGUCCUUAA